UAUAUUUAGAAGUAUCUGAGUUUAAUAAUAACAAGUUAGAAAAUGAUGUUCCUGAUAGUAAUUUUACUGAAGAUCAUCCUCAAAUACUAUUGUCUAGCUUAUUAGAGAAUAUUAAUCAUAACGAUAUUAAAGAAAUAUAG